AUGUCGAAUCCAGACUCGGGCCUUCCUCUUGCUCAGAAAUUCCGGAACCAGGCUACUUUGGAGGUCAUCUCCAUUGCUGCUCGAUUUGACAAGAAGACUGACCAACAUGUCAUUCUGUGGAAAGAAAUACAACGGGCUUUCGAGAAUGCCAAAAGGAUCACAUAUAAUGGGCACUUGGUGUCGUUUCUGAUGGACGACGACUUUGAGGAAGUCGAGAAGGGUGCAUCUGCGCCGUUAGAGACCUCUUCACCUCCGCAGGAUAUUGUGGGAUACAUACCCUCCGCAAGCGAGGGCUCGAUCGAUGUAGCCGUAAAGCUACAGUAUGGUGCAAAACUGAUUCAAUGA